GAGGUGGGGGCGGGCCGAGGGUCUGGUGUGUGGCGGGCGUUCCUCUGGAUCGAGUGCCAUGGGUGAGCCCCAGCAGGUGAGUGCUCUGCCCCUCCCGCCGGCCCAGUACUUCAAGGAGUACACCGAUGACAAUGUCCGCAAGGGGUUUGCCCCUAAGCCCCCGCCGCCCAUCAGAGACAGCUACACCAUGUUCGGCAACCAGUUCCAGUGCGACGAUCUGAUCAUCCGCCCCUUGGAGGGACAGGGCAUUGAGAGGCUGCACCCCUCGCAGUUUGACCACAAGAAGGAGCUCAAGAAGCUCAACAUGUCCAUCCUGGUGAAUUUCCUGGAUCUGCUGGACAUCCUGAUCAAAAGUCCCAGCAGCAUCAAGCGGGAGGAGAAGCUGGAGGACCUGAAGCUUCUGUUUGUUCACAUGCACCACCUGAUCAACGAGUACCGGCCUCACCAGGCGCGUGAGACGCUGCGCGUGAUGAUGGAAGUGCAGAAGAGGCAGCGGCUGGAGACAGCCGAGCGCUUCCAGAAGCACCUGGACCGGGCGAUGGAGGUGAUCCAGAACAGCCUGUCCUCCCUGCCAGACGACCUCUCCGAGUCUGGUGACCCGCUGGCCAAGGUGAAGACCGAGCCCAUGGAUGUGGAGGAGACGAGCAGUUGUGUACAGGCAGACACUGAGGCCGACCCUUCGGUGAAGGAGGAUGAAGUCAGUGACAAGGACCUGGCCAUGUGCUCCAUCAUUGAUGACAUGACGUAGCUGUGUCUCUGACGUGACUGUACCGUGCUGUUCAUACAAGGGCCUGCUUCAGUGGUUAAUGUGGGUUAAUGUUUAUGGUUGUAAGGAAUCAAUACUAGAGCCCUCUUUGAGGUGUGGUAGGAUUAGAGGCCGUGGACAGUCCCUGCAGAGGGGGCAGUGGUGGGUCUGAUGAUUUCAGACCAUGGAUUUUCACAGCAGAGGUUUUGUCUUGAAGCAGAUUUGUUUAUUUAGGCCUUGUCCAACCUUGGGACAUCCCAAGAGCUUCACCAAUGAAUUUAAUGCAGAGAAUUCCCAGAUCUCAAUCUCUCUCCCCUCCAUUUUCAGAACCUAUUCCUUGCCCUUUUCACAAACAUACUCGUGGAAACUCAGUAGACCCACGUCCGAGAUCUGAGUUUCUUGUCUGACACUUAAAGCUGGGAAAACCUUUGUCCUGAACACCGAGCACUGAAUGUCACACUGCUGACGGUCGUGACAUGGAAGGGAGCCCUGAUUGGGCUAAACACUUGUCACUGAAGCUUUGGUGUUGCAUUGCAGGAUUUAAGGGCUAAAUCUCUUGGCUCUCCCUCCCACUCCCCACACCCCAGGGAAAGGUGUUCUCCAGUUUGAGAACCUCUGUUGUAUCCUGUGUCUUCUGUUAACCAACUUAGUGACGGCUUAUUCCCAGGCUUCCAGCUACCUAGUGAUUGUCCAGCACUGGUCAUUGAGUGGAGAGCUGAAUGCAGUAACUGAAGCAGGUAUGAGUGACUUGUGUAUAUCGCUCUACAAAGCAGGGUGCUCCACACAAAUGUGACUAUAGGAUGAUGGACGUGUACUUUUCAUUUCUGGAGUAAUUGUAUACCACUGCCUCACUGUACUGAAUGUUAAUGUUGUGUUUGUCUCCAAUUAAAGUUCCUCUUCAUUGGCAUGUA